UGCCUUACCUCAGCCAAACGGCAUCGGCCGAGUACGGCUGCUUUCCAUAUAUCAAGUUUUCUUACCUUUUCUUUUUAUUUCCCCUUAUCCUUUACUUUACUUAGGCCUAUUGCUUUACUAUAGAUAGCUCUCAGGAAAAUCAGUUUCGUUGCGUCCCUCUCUUGCUGUAUGCUGCAGCCUCCUGUUGCGCAUUUUCAUAAGGGAACUUUGAUUUGAUUUUGAUGCACCCAAUAUUUCUGCAUCACCGACCGAUCAAUCAGUUUGUACUGAAAUACGUACGUGUGUCUAUCUGCGAAAAAAAAAAUAAGCUGGUGAAAAACCCAUAUGGUACCAGCCGACCAGCAAGUCAAAUGGUUCCACAGGUAAUUUACAGCAAAACACGGACAUCGGUUAUUUUAUCCCAGUAAAAUAAUAUGAAGCGCCUUCGGUAUGUGAGUAAUGCGGUAUACGUAUUACUCUGACAGUUUCGUUUCUGACCGGGUUUCGUUUUCUGUUUUCUGAUGUCACCGCGUAUGAAACGCAUUUAUAUAAAGAUGGGAUGGAGCUGCUGGUUUUACUUCACUUUCAGUAUUUUACUUUGCAGAUUAUGUCCAGUCUUCAGCACAAAAGCGCAAAACAAAUGUAGUGUUUUUAGGAAAUAUUUAAUCGCCGCGUUUACCUAUCCUAUAUAUGAUCCACGGACGUGUUUCUUCAAUCUACUUCAGAUAGGCUACUUUGGUAAAGCGAAUGAUCUAGGAUAUUAGGAGACGAGUUUUGCGCCUGGAAGCAAAUUAGUGUAAUGUAUUCCUGGGGAGAGAAUGCUCUCGGGGAUUCAGGGCAGACCGACGGACUUGAUCUGGACUGUCAGCUCCUCAGUGAGCGGGACAUAUUAUCUGUCGGAAGGGAAAUAACUGCAUUUGUCCAACGAAAUGAGGAACGCACCUUCUAUCUGCGUAAAAGGAACACACGGGAAACAAAGUCCUUCCAUCUGAAGGAGAAGAUACACACGCUGCACUGUGGUGCCUGUCAUGUUGUUGUGGUCACAGCGAAGGGCAAAAUAUACCAGCUGGACUGUGGGCAGCCAAACAGCAACCCCAGGUAUGAGCAUCUCAGCAACCAGAAGGUGGUACAGGUUGCCUGUGGAGACAAUCACUCUGUACUCCUUAUGCAAGAUGGACAGAUCUUCACCUGGGGGUGCAACUCCAGUGGUCAGCUGGGUCUUGGGAACACAAAACCCAGUACAAGGCCCCAGUCUCAGCUGGCACUGGCAGGGAUCCCCCUGGCUCAAAUAGCUGCUGGAGGUGACCACAGUGUGGCCCUGUCUGUCUCAGGAACCGUGUUCAGCUGGGGGAGCAACCGCAGGGGGCAGCUGGGCCUGGGAGAUAUGACUGAUCGCAAUAGUCCUGUUCCAGUGAGAUCUUUGCAUGGGAAGAAGACGAUCUACAUUUCCUGUGGGGCGGAACACACUGCCACUUUGACACAGGUCACAGAAAAUGCAUUUCUGGCUCUUAUGGUGAUGUUUAGAGUAAAUGUAAAAGGUACAUCUAGGACAGAAAAAAAUCCCAAUCUGCACAAAUAUAACUGAAAAAGAGGCUCGAAUCCUACCAAUGGGCCAAUCUAACAGAAUAUAUGCAAAUGAACAGUAACACUUGUUACUCUGUAUGGCCACAGAGAG